AUGGAUCCCUCUCCCUCCAUCGCAAUCAUCGGCGGCGGACCAAGCGGACUAGUCUUCGCCCGACUCCUCGAAAUAAACGGCAUAACGGACUAUGUCGUAUUUGAGCGCGAUGAGUCUCCAAAGCCAGUUCCGGGUCAACAAGGUGGCACGCUCGACCUUCAUUCCACCUCCGGCCAACUAGCCCUCAAACGCGCAGGAUUGUUCGACAAGUUUAGUAAAGACCUUGCACGUUGGGACGCAGCCUGUUUCCGCAUUCUCAAUUCAGCAGGAGAAACGGUUGUCAACUUCAGCGAAAUUCGCGAUCGACCUGAGAUCGAUCGCUUGCAGUUGCGUCAGCUGUUGCUUGACUCCAUUCCCUCGGAGAAAGUUCGAUGGGGUCAUGGAGUAACUUCAAUCGAAAAAAAUACCGUUACGAAUGAUGCCGUACAUGCUGAAGAUCGUAUCAUUCACUUUGUGAAUGGGACUUCAGCCACUGGGAUUCGACUUAUCGUUGGUGCUGAUGGGACUUGGAGCAAAGUCCGUCCUCUGCUUACAUCCGCAAAGCCCGUGUAUUCUGGAAAAAUGUACAUUGAUUCUGCACUCUCCCACGACAACCCUAGCUACCCACUCGCUACGGAACUCGUUGGCAAAGGAAACACGCUGGCUCUAGGCGAGGAAAAGAUGAUUGCGGUACAGCAGCUCGCUGAUGCUAGCUAUCGAGUGUACUUCGGACUUAUUGUACCAGAAGAUUUCUAUCCACGGUCUUACUGCGCUGACUCCGAUGCCCAUGCUAGAACCGAAUCUAUGCGGUCUCGCCUGCUUUCUUCCAAUGAGCUGUUCGCAAACUAUGCACCUCAUCUCAAAGGCUUCAUUGAAAACGCAGAAGGCCCCUUCCGUCCCUGGCCACUCUAUUCCAUGGUGCCAGAGCAAGUUGGCUGGGAGCGAAGUGCUGCUGCUGGCGUGACAUUGCUUGGGGAUGCUGCGCAUGUUUCUACUCCAUUUGCUGGUGAAGGGGUCAAUUGCAGUAUGCAUGAUGCUGUCAUGUUAUUGGACAGUAUUAUUGAGCACUGUGGAAAGAGUGCAAGUCUUGUUAAUGUUGAGAGAUCAUCGUUGGAAACGGCCUUGGCUGCUUAUGAGAAGGACCUGUUUGUUCGCGGCCAGAAGCUCAUUCGGGAAAGUUCUGAGAAUGGUGUGAAACUCUUCGACAAAGAUGCUACUACACGGUUAUUUGAAGUUUUUGGAGACCACAGCAAGGAAAUUGCCGAGUCUGGAGAUGAUCAG